GCAGAAACGUUAUUACCUUUGGGAGUUUGUCUGCUAAUGACCCAGUGUCGACCAGGAUGAUUAACCUUCAGAUGAAGUUUUCAAGAGAUAAUAGUGAACAUUUUGGAACGGAGACCUGGAUGAACCAGACGAACCGGACGACCAGGAUUUUAAACGAACGAACUGGGGAUUUUCGGUAUUUGAACGUUUAUAAAUGGAAUCGGGCUUGGGACAUUUAG